AUGAAAUUCUUGCUUUACCUUGUUAUGUUCUUUCUCCUCUUAAACGUUUUCGCAACCGCACAAUCUCUCAUUCAAGAUUCUUGCAAGAAAGCUGCAGCGAAUAACCCGACAUUCAAACUCGAUUUCUGCGUCAAGUCUCUCCAAGGGAAUCCGCAGAGCAAAACCGCAAAAACUCUCGCCGACUUGGUCAUGGCAUCGACGAAGAACGCUGCCGCGAAAGCGACGAGCUUGAAAGGAAUGGUUGACAAGAUUCUCAAGGACAAGAAACAUGCGAAAGACGCUGAGAUGCCUUUCCGCGAUUGCCUCGAGCUUUAUACAGACGCUACCGCUUCCUUAAACGAAGCUUCAACGAGCGUCAAAUCGCGUGAUUACAGAACCGCUACCGUGGCCAUGAGUGCUGCGAUGGACGCACCGAGCACUUGCGAAACUGGAUUCAAAGAAAGAAAAACGCUUCAGAAAUCUCCUUUCGCAACAGAAAACGACGUUUUGAUUCAGACGAUUCGAAUUCCUCUAGCUUUUACAAACAUGUUGAAAUGA